AUGGGGACCAACGGGGGAUUUUCAGCGAGCCUGCACGGCCUGACGACUGCCACGCUGGCUACGCACGGCGCUGUCAUCUUCCUGACCGUAAUCCUGGCCCGCGGCCUCUGGUCCUGGUACCGUCUGAGACAUCUCCCGGGGCCGUUCCUGGCCUUUGUCUCGUCCAUUUGGAUGGUGAGGAAGGCCUUGAGCGGUCGGUUCCACGAGCACCGGAGAGACGUUCCUAGAGAAUAUGGCUCUCUGGUCCGCAUCGGCCCCAAUGAUCUCAUCUCCACCGACACCAAUGUGCUCCGGAUGAUGUCGGCCGUCCGCUCGCCUUACACCAAGGGCAUAUUCUACGAGACCGGCCGCAUCAUACCCGAGGAGAACACGGUUGUGUCGUUGCGCAACGAUGCCGAGCAUCGGGCCUUGCGUGCCAAGAUGGGAACUGCUAACGAGGGAUUUGGCUUCGGCGCCGGCAUCGACCGCCAGAUCCUCGAAUUCGUGAAGCUCAUCGACGACAAGUAUCUGUCCACACCCACCGAGUACCGCCCCGUACAGUUUUUCCAGAAGGUCUCCUUCUUCGCACUCGACGUCAUUGGCGACAUCUCCUUUGGCACCGCGUUUGGCUAUCUGAGCCAAGACGAGGAUCUGUACCGCUACCAUGAGAUCAACGACGAAGCCCUGCCCGUCAUGAACAUCAUGUCGACGAUGCCGUGGCUUGCGAGCUUCCUGUACAAGUGGCCGUUCAACACCAUGCUGCCAAAAGAAGGGGACCGAGUUGGCUUUGGCCGUCUGAUGGGUUUCGCCAAAUCGUGUGUCACCGAGCGGCUUGAGCCUGACGCGAGGCCGCGGAAGGAUAUGACGCAGGCGUUCAUCAACAGUGGCAUGACGCCCGCCGAGCUCACACAGCAGGUCUUUGUUCAGAUCAUUCCUGGCUCCGUUACGACAACGACGGCCAUCUGCAUGACACUACUCUGCCUGAUCAUGUCGCCCUCAGCCUACGCAUCACUGCGGCGUGAGAUAGACGCGACGCUGGCGUCGGGCAGGUUGAGCAGUCCGGUUACCGAUCUCGAGUCGAGGAGCAUGCCGUACCUACAAUCCGUCAUCAGAGAGGGUCUCCGCAUGUACCCGCCGGUCCUUGGCCUGGGUAGCAAGCAGGUGCCGAGGGGCGGGGACUCCAUCAACGGCUUCUUCGUCCCCGAGGGGACCCAAAUAGGCAUGAUUUUUUUCGGCCUCAUGCGCUCCACCGAGUUAUGGGGACCGGAUGCUGAUGUCUCCAGGCCUGAGAGAUGGCUCGAGGCCAGCGAGGAUGAUCUCAGGAAGAUGAAAGCCGCAGUGGAUAUGGAUUUCGGUUCUGGAAAGUAUCAAUGUUUGGGAAAGCCCAUUGCGAUGAUGGAGCUCAACAAGAUAUUCGUCGAGCUGUUACGGAGAUAUGACUUUACCAUUGUGAACCCCAAGACCCCCAUCAAGGCAUGGAGCGCCAUCUUCUGGGUGGCAACCGACUUCUGGCUACGGGUUACAAAAAGGCCCUAG